UUAAGCUCCUAUAAAUACCUUAUCAUUGGUUUUUAAGAGUCAUCCAAGUAGCCCAAGUAGAAAUCUAGAGUAAACAGUUCACAGAUUCAUAAGACUCAUUUUCUGUUCCCGAACAUGAAGCAAAAGAUAGUCAUGAAGGUGCAGCUGACCUCCGAGAGAUGCAGAACCAAGGCCUUGAAGAUUGCUGCAGUUGCCAAAGGUGUGAGCACGGUGUCCAUACAAGUAGAGAAAGAGCAUGUUGAGGUGAUCGGAGACGAAGUUGAUGCAGUUGACUUGGCUAAAUCAUUGAAGAAGAAGCUUGGCUUUGCCACCAUAGUAAGUGUUGAAGAAGUGAAAAAACCGGAAGAAAAACCAGCUGAGCAGCCUGAGCCAAUUCAAUGGGCAUCAAACUAUAUUCACUAUCCACAGUAUCCAGCUGUGCAGUACUACUAUGAUGGAUCCUACAGAUGGUAAAUUCAGCAAUUCAAAAUUAAGUGAGUUUGACGACUCAGCAAUUCGUGGCCCCUAGUUUGAAUCGGCUGUUGGAAAAUAUUAGUGUUUAUGUUUAUUUUAUUAUUUAGAUUUUUCUUGUUAGUUUAGAAAUUGGGUAUAGCCCAUCCGAAUUAGGGUUUCUUAAGUUUAGUUCUCUAUAAAUAUUAUUUGUAAUUUAGUUUGAGAAACAAAUAAUUCACAAUGUAACCUCUUAGAGUUUUGUAGUCGUUUCGGUAUUCUCGUUUGUUUAAUAAUAUUCUUAUUAUUGUGUA